ACACCCACGCCUCGCCGCCGCGGCCGCCCUCCCAAGCCCAAAUCCAACAACACCACCCCCAACUCAAAACCCGCCCUCGUCCCCGUCUUCGCAACGCCCACAAAGGCCAUAGGCUUCAGCGCCGCCCUCACCCCCGGCAGGGCAGCCGACCGCUCGGCGAGGAGGAAGAGCGCGCGCGCGCUGAUAGACCGCGUCGUCGGGGACGCAGGCAGCGAUGACGAAGACGACAUUGCACGGCAGAUCUACGACUCGAGCGAUGCCGGCGACGAAGACGAUGACGACGACGGCGAGGAGGACGACCUCGAGUCAAAGACGGACGCCGAAGCCGCCACGCCCUCGAAAUCUCGCGGCAGACCCAAGGGCCGCCCAAAGAGACAGAGACCCAGGUCGCCCACGCCGCCGAGGGACCUGCCUCCCCACGAGCUGUACUUCCUGCACAACAAGCCCGGCCGGCCCAAGACGUCGGACAACACCCUGUCGUCCCUCAACCUGCUCUCGCACGACGAGUACUUUGCCGUUCUGCGCGAGCACCGCGACCGCCACGCCGACAGCAUCGAGUCUCUCGAGCAGCUGCACGCCGAGUCCUUCCCGCAGUGGGCGUUUGAGCUGUCCCAGGGCUUCAGCGUGUGUCUCUACGGCCUGGGCUCCAAGCGGCACCUCCUCCGCAAGUUCGCGACCUACAUCCACGCCAACGCCAAGAGGUCGAUCAAAGCCGGCGCCAGCAACAACAGGAUCGUCAUGGUCAACGGCUACGCCCACACGACCAACCUCCGCGAGAUCCUCAGCGUCGUCGCCUCCGCCAUCGAUCCCACCCAGCGAGUGCCCACCUCCCAGCCCGCCGUCAUGAUCCAGACCAUCUCCUCCCUCCUCCUCUCGUCCGCCGCCACCACGAAGAAGAAGAAGCUCACCCUCACCAUCAUCGUCAACUCCAUCGACGCACCCCCCCUCCGCAAGCCCGGCUCCCAGGCCAUUCUGUCGCAGCUCGCCGCCCACCCGCAGAUCCACCUCGUGGCCUCCGCGGACACGCCUGAUUUCCCCCUGCUGUGGGAUAUCGGCGUCCGCUCGGGCUUCAACUUUGUCUUCCACGACUGCACCACUUUUUCUCCCUUCACAGCCGAGCUCGACGUCGUCGACGACGUGCAUGAGCUCCUCGGCCGGCAGUCCCAGCGCGUCAACGGCCGCGAGGGCGUCGCCUUUGUCCUCAAGAGUCUAACGGAAAACGCAAAGAACCUGUUUCGCCUGCUCGUCGGCGAAGUCCUCAUCGCCAUGGAGGACGAAGGCGACGACGGCGUUGGGUUGGAGUAUAGGAUGGUGUAUAACAAGGCCGUGGAGGAGUUCAUUUGCAGCUCCGAAAUGGCUUUCCGGACGCUCCUCAAAGAAUUCCACGACCACCAGAUGUUGACGAGCCGUAAAGACAAUCUUGGAACGGAGUUGUUGAGCCUGCCAUUUCGUAAAGAAGACUUGGAAGCCAUUUUAGAAGACUUG